CAAUCAAGCUUUCAACUGUUUUGUGAAAGACAAUCGAUAAUCAAUUCUUAUCACCACAAGAUUUAACCAUAGAUAGUAGUCCUCAAAUAUUGGUCUCAAUGCAAAGAAGACCUCGCCGCACCCAGUCACUGCUCAACCUCACUGACAUGAAACAAUACGACAUUACUAGAUUCCAACUCUCCCUGUUGUUAAGAGCAAACCAUAUAUUAAAUUACAAAACUCAUUCUACUAAUAUGUACAUAUUAGAUUUCUCAAGUAUGAGAUCAAUUAAUUUGCGAUGCGCAACACAAUCCCCAAAACGGAAACAAGCAUUUACAAUUUCUUCACGACUCAAAACCAUAUUCAAGAUCCCGUAAAGUAAUCUCAUGAACAAUGCCACCACGUUCCUCAAAAUCUCCAAAGGAUUCCCUACCCUCCCCAGGCCCAUUCAUCCGCCCUCCGCCCUCCGCCCUCCGCCCUCCCAAUAUUACACCGACCGUAUUCAACGAGGAGAACAAGGAGUUCUGACCCAUGAGCCCUACAAAUCAUAUCCCCUACCCCUUUGGCGCUUCCGAACUCCUUCAAUCGCCGAGAAAUCCUCGACGGCCUUGUACGACGAGUUCCUUCGUUUUUACAAGGAAGAUGAUUUUGUGGGUAUGGAUAUGAGUAGAAAAUUUAUACAAAUGGGUAUGACACGAUCAAAGCGUUAUGCGAAUUAUAAAAGGGGAUGAAAAUACGAAAUUGGGAAGGAUGGUCAAAAGGUGGGAAUGGAGAAGAGUCGAGGACAUGAGGGACAGGAAGAUAAAUUAAUUGCUUGUGAAAUAUUCAAAGAAAAGUUGGGAAGGUGUAGGGGGCAUGACGGGUACAAAGUUUUGAAGGAAGGUAUCAAAAGGAGUUGAAGGAUUGGAUACGGGUGCAUGGUGAAGAAACGCUGAAGGACGAUGUGCAGGAACAGAGAGGGGAAGGGAAGUAUAUGAAACAGGAGGGGAGUAGGGAAUAUUUAUCGUAGACCGAGAAACAGGCUACAAAAUGUAACAAAAGAGAAGCGCAGGAUUAAGCAGGAGGAGUGACCAGAGGAAAGGUCUAGCAAACCAAGAAAGAGGCGAAAAACAUCUAUCUAAUCUUUGACUUGAGAAUUUUUUGGUCUUUCUUCCUCUUGCUGCUAAAUUUCGUACCAUCUCAUUAGAGCAUCAAGCCGCAUUCUAGCCCUGCCCAUGCUCCUCCAAUCAUUGAAUAUCCAAAUACCCCGAGGUAUGUUUUGCGACCCUCAAUUACCCGUG